AUGGAACGCAGCAAGUCCGGUAUCAAAUCCGUGCGCUUGCGCUUACGAAUUGCAUUCCCAUACAGGGUAACGGCGUUCGUUUUCCUUUCUCGUUCCUACAAGAGGCCUUAUGAUGACCUCUCACUCACGCAACAUGAAUGGAGGCGCCAUGGAAUGCGGUCGCGUGACGUGUGCGGCGCCGACGCUGAUCUUGAUGCACUU